AUGGGCAAAAUACAUCGUUCAAGGUAUAAUGUUGACAUACUAAAGGUUGAUCUUCUGACCUUCGUGUUUCGACACAACGACAUCGAGACUCGAAGCCGUCCUCAGUACUUUGAUGCUUUCCGACCUGAUCGGCACUUUAGCCUCGCUCAAGGCGAAGAGUAUGCGAAGCGCAUUGGUCUUGGUCUGCGAAAGUUGGGACUUGAAAGCGACGACAAAGUCUUGCUCUUUUCUGGCAACAACCUGAUCUUCCCGCCCUUGCUAUGGGGUGUGAUCGCUGCAGAUUGCGUAUUCACGGCUGUUUCUCCGACUGCAUCUUCUUCAGAACUAGAAAAUCAGCUCAAAGCCUCAAACUCCAAAGUUGUCAUUACUAGCUUGGAUUUGGUCGACAAGGCUGUGCAAGCAGCGGCAAAAGCUGGUAUUCCAACUGAUCGAGUCUUCAUCUUCUGUCAUCCAGAAGAUGCGGAUCAUAUUUCCCGUCCAACGGCAGUGAAGCCAUGGACUGCAUUCUGGGCUUCUCAGUCCGAGGGAAUGAAGUUUCAAUGGAACGUUUCCACCGAUCCUAAGUAUCUGGCAUCGAAGACAGUGAUCCUAAACUUCUCAAGCGGGUAUGUGCUGUCUGAAUCCAAUCGGUACAACGUGACCAAGACUGAAAACUUACUGUUGUAUAGGACCACAGGGCCACCUAAAGGCGUUGAGAUCACUCAUGCCAAUGUCGUUGCCAACUCAACUCAACUGGUCCACUAUCGAACAAUGGCUGCGGACCGACCGUCAUCCCAUGCUCGCCGAGAAAGACUCGCGCGUUCUGGAGAACGCUGGCUAGCUCCGCUACCAAUGUACCAUGCAUACGGCCAGAUAUACUACUGUGUAAAUGCACCUCUCAUGGCAGCCAAAGUCUACAUCAUGUCAAGAUACGAGAUUGGUCUGCUACUGCUGUUCGUUGAUCUCUAUCGCAUCACGUUCUUGACCGGCGUGCCUACUGUUCUAGUGCAGAUGUCGAAACAACCUGCUGGUCGGUUCAACCUGGAGUCAAUAGAGUACGCAUUAACUGGCUCCGCUCCACUCGGCGGAGAAACUGCCCGGUUCAUCGAAAAGAACUUUCUACCUCGUGGCUUGGUCUUGCGUCAGGGUUGGGGUAUGACCGAGACUACAAACUCGAUGAGUGGGUUUUCGCCCGAUGAUCCUGAAGACUUCCGCUCAAUUGGAUAUCUCAACCCGAACUGUCUCGGUCAAGUCGUGCCCGUGGAGGGUAUGUCGUGGGCUGAUGAGGUUCCCGCAGGCGUCGAAGUCGGUGAGCUGUGGGUCAGCGGUGGUAACGUCAUUAAAGGCUACUACAACAAUCCUCAAGCGACGGAGCAGACCGUAGUCAUGCGAGAUGGCAUUCGGUGGCUGAGGACUGGCGAUGUUGCAUACUUUGACGCUGAUGGCAAGAUUUUCAUUGUCGACAGAUUGAAGGAACUGAUCAAAGUCGAAGGCCUCCAGGUAUCUCCGGCCGAGCUGGAAGCAGUGAUUAUUUCACACGAGGGAGUCGCUGAUGCAGCUGUGCUUGCGGCCAAAAUCGACGGCGGAGAGUACCCUCGGGCAUUUGUUGUGAAGAAAGACCCGACGAUCACAGAGAGCACAGUACACGAUCUUAUAAAGGAAAGGUUUGCCAAACAUAAGUGGCUUACUGGUGGGGUUUACUUUAUCAAUGAGAUUCCAAAGACACCCAGCGGCAAAGCGCAGAAGAGACGCCUGCCUGACCGACCGGCUAAAGUGAUAAAGCUGUAG